CAUGUUCCAUCCAUGCUCUCCCCGACAACCUCCGUGGAGCCCUUGUACGCCUCGUCGACCACUUGGUCUAAUAACAAUCUCGAUUUCAUCCUAAAUCACCCACAAAGGUCAUCUCCUCCCAUUGAUCCUAACCUACCAACUUCAUUUCCUCCGAACGACAACGGCUUCCGUGGCCGCGCGACUUCGGGCAACCUCGUUCCACCUACGGUUCAGUUCGAUGAUUAUGGGGAGGAUGACCACGAAAUCGCGUUCCUUCUUCGCCAUUUCUCUGAAGGGCCAGGGUACUGGAUGGAUCUCUUUGAUCUUGAUACAUAUUUCGCCUCUUACGUCCCCGUCAAGGCAGUGGACAACCCUCUUUUGAAGUAUGCUGCAGUUGCUUACGCAGCGAAAGCGCUAGGGCGGAGGGGUGGAGUGAAACCCGCAAUGGGCGGCAACUUCUCACGUCAGGCACGUAUGGAGCUGUACCCAGAUAUACAGUCUGUGGAUUGGUAUCAUAAAGCUACUCAGUACUAUGACAGAGCCGUGUGCCAUCUCCGUCAAGCUCUCCAAGAGGAAUCACCUACGCCGCUCGACUGCUCGGAUAUGGAACCGAGCUGGGCAUCAAACAUGGACUACCGCGAAGACAACAAUCCACAUAGCCACAAGAGGCGCCGGACCUCCUCAUACAUUUCUCGGCAAGUGUCCAAUCCGGACGAGCUCCUUGCCGCUACGGCCAUUCUGUCCGUGUAUGAGUUCUUAGACGCGUCAGUUCCGGAAUGGUCAAGGCAUCUGAACGGCGCCAAGUCGCUGAUGGACAUUGCCAAAGAACGCAUGAUGCCUCUUCAGCUUCCUUCUCCAGGGGGUCAUCUGCUCUCGCCACACGUAGCUCGUCUCAACAAAGCUCGGAAAGCUACUUUUUGGAACAUUGCCCGGCAAGAUAUGCUGGCAGCGUUUAUCAAUGCAAGCCACACCCGCCUCGACACCGAAGACCUCCCCCUAUGGAAAGAAGCCGGCCUCCUCAUCGACUCGCGCGGUUUCAUCCUCCCCUCGAACACCGAUCCAUCCGGAUAUGCAGAGGCCGACUCCUCAGUAAUGAAAGAAGACACCAUAUCAAAUGCACUCAUCUGGCUCAUCUCCAAACUCGUCAACUUCAUGGCUGCGGGCGACGACAUGCCCGACCACCUCGGCGGGCCUUGGGCCGGCGUCCCGCAACGCACGCUCCUCGAAUACUGGUACAGUCUACGCGAACACUUCCGUGUCUGGUACGAAGGCCUCCCGAUAACAUUCAAACCCUGUGCACGCAUCGAGCCCCGUCGUGUACCAGCCCAGCUGCGCACCGAUGACGACGAGAACGUGUUACCUGAGGUCUGGUUCUCAAUUCCCAUGUGCGCGUCUACGAUGCAGUCAUACCAUAUGGCCCAGAUCCAGCUGCUGAUUAACGAGCCGCACGAGUCAACGCAGGGCCGCACCACCGUCUUCGAGCGGAUGCAUUCGUACGAACGGACGCUCUCAGCAGCGCUGGUGCAUUCGAGAGAGAUUGUGAGCAUUGCGCUGGCGCGGUCAGAUGAGAGUGUAAGGAUACAUAGCGUGCAGCCGCUGUAUACGGCAGGUCAGUGUUUGAAGGAUGAGCGGGAGAGGAGGCUGAUUUUGAGGCUGUUGAGUGAUAUCGAGAGGGAUACAGGAUGGGCGACGCAGUAUCGCGUGAAGCAAUUGUUGGUACAAUGGGGCUGGGUGUCCGAAGAGUUUGAGAGAAAUGUGCCUUGAUGUCAGGUUCAUGCACUAAUUUUACUAAUUUUUCCGUACAGCGGCACCCUACCCACAAUCCAGUCUGUCAUCGAAAGUUGAUAGCUUAGUGUCCAGGAUCUAAAAGAUGUAUUCGAUUUCACUGUGAGUGUUCGCAGGUAGGAAUAAUACGCUCGCGUUAAAUGUAUUCAAUCCCACUAUCCUCCCUGUCAACAUUACCAACGCCGCAACUCCCA